AAAGACGACUAAUAUUGAUAAGAUGGAUAUAGCAGGCGAUAUUUACCCACAGUACAAUUUGGAUUCUUCAACUCAUUCGGUCCCAGGCUCAUCAUAUCUACCAGACCUGGAUCUAUCCGAGUACAUCGCAGAAAUCCCUCCCCUGAUUGACCCUGACAAAGGCUACCCUGGCAUCACAGGGAUAACAAAUGAAUCUCGAUUAUCAGAUUUGAUUCUUCACAGUUCAAACAGAACCAAAAUGGACUGCUCGAUACCGAAAUAUAAGAGAGACAAUGUUUGGACGCCUGAUGUUAUUCAGCGCGUUGUUAUUCUUGCAGUUAUAAUGACUCUUACACUUUUGGGCAAUACCGUGAUUAUUAUUGUGUUAACUUGUAGUAAGUACAGACGUCUUAACAGUAGGGUCAACAUUUUCAUUAUCAAUCUUGCUAUCGGGGACCUUAGCGUAUGUUUUGUGACAAUGACUACAGAGAUCUUAUUCGUCGUGUUUGGUGAAUGGAUCCUCGGUCCUGCAGCGUGUAAAGUCCUCCUUUAUGGUCAGAUCAUCACACUCGCCAGCACCACAUUUAUCCUUACCGCCAUGAGCUUCGACAGAUAUUUGGCCAUAUGUAAACCGCUCAGUUUUGGGGUCAGCAGAGUUUCGAGAGCCAAGAAAAUGAUCGUAACGGCCUGGUUUCUGGCGUUCGUAUUUGCAGUGCCGCAGCUUUUCAUCUUCAAGCAGGUAUUGGUAGAAGACGACAAUACAAAAUGCGAAAUAUUUAAGUGUAGAAGUUUGGGAUAUACGGCGUUUUGGCAGAGGAAACUCUACUUUACGUUUAUGACGUUCUAUAUUUUAAUUAUACCAGCAUCAUUGAUUUCAUUUUGUUAUAUCAACGUUGCAAAGGUUGUUUGGAAUCAAGGUCGGGAAGUGACCACAUCAAAAUUUGACAAGUCGUCAACUUUAAGAAGGUCAUACGCUGAUAAGAAAGCUAUACCACGGGCAAAAAUAAAGACUGUAAAAAUGACGUUAUCCAUUAUUGUGUCUUUUAUAUCGUGCUGGACUCCAUAUUUUGUCGCCCAUUUGAUUCAUAUAUGGUCUGAUUAUUCGUACAAGAUUCCCAAGAAUGUGAUGGUUUGGGUUGAGACAUGCGCAGUACUGAAUUCGGCGGUAAAUCCAAUACUAUAUGGUUUCUUCAAUAUAAAACUUAAAAGGGGGCUCGUGGAGGUGUUCUGUCCCGGCAAACUUCGCCCAGAACCCCACACACGAUUGAGUCUGAGUAUAAGAAGUGGCAUUACAGACUGCACAUCCGUCCCCGUCGACGGAGACAACAAUUGUUUAUCUACUAAAAGAAUCGCUAACAAGUGUCGACAGAGUUCCGCUAACUCUUCUUCGUCGGCCUCAAGCAGCAAUUACAGACACUCGGUUGAUUCGGAUUCGAAAUGUUUGUUCACAUUCAACGCCUCUGGAAAAGCAUUGCCAAUCAACGGCUCUGCGGGCAAGAACCACGUGAUUACCGAAGAAAAUACGAAUGGAUUUCGCUACCGGGUGAAAUUCACCAAGACAAAAGAAAGUAGCGAUCGUGAAAGUCAAGAAGGGUGUGAUAAACUUUUAAGUGAUGAGAAAACAAAAGAGGAAGUACUAGAUUGUGUAACUAGUAUUUAAAGUCUACUCUGCCCAAAGGCUGUACAUCGAUACAUCAUUAACUUUAACAAUGCUGUUCCAUAAAUGUUAUAUUUUGAGAACAAGUUAUACCAGGAGCAUAAACAGUCCACAUGCUCUUGAUGAUAUGGUAUCACUGACACCAUGGUUUGUUUCGAAGGAUAGGAUACAAUCGUAAUCAUAACAGUGCAAUAGAAACGACGAAGCGUAGUCGCUAAUGUUUUCAUUAUUCUUCCUCAUUGACUUGUCAGUUUGCUUCGGGCUAUUGGGUUUGACAUCGAGUGGACGCUGUUCACCUGCAGACUUGUCAGAAUAUAAGAUAGUGAAUGCACCUAGCUCAGAGAAUGCACAUAGGGAAUGCACUUAGGGGCAUGCACAGACUGGCACAUAUUUAAUUAGAUCAACCGGGCAUUUAACAGAUUUUUUUGAUUAUAAUGAAAACGAAAAUCAGGUCAUUAUCUAAAAUGCUUCCCGUCUUCACGUCUUUUUAACGCACAAUUUGGGCGGCCAAACCCAGCAAAGUCAUUGUCGCAUUAUUCAGCAUAGAUCUGAUUGGACGACAGGAUAGAAUAUACAGAAUCGGGACAAAGAGUGCAAAUGAAAUUACUACACAGUAUGCUUAUUUACGACAGUCGUAAGUCAAUAAACACGAUGCACGAUGUAGCGAAUGACACAAGCAAAUAUACGUUACGUCGACGAAGAGAAGUUGUAAAUAGCAUUGGAAUGAAAUAAUUGAGGGGUUAUUAUCAGCUUCUGGUGCACUGUUAUGCUGUUAUGACGAACAAAACGAGUAAAAUCAUUGGUUACCCUUGAGCCAAGAUCGUGGAUGUUGUUAUUGGUAUCGACUGUACCGUUGUAUAUCAUCUAUCAUGAAUAUACUGUUGUUUUCAAUAUAAACCAACGCAUAUACAGAAACAUCAUAAAUAAAGCAAAACAAACAAAUUGAUCGAAAUUUAUGUUUUUGUUCGACUCGACCG